GUCCAGUAGCCGCAAGAAACCAUGCGAAAUUGGGCGGCAGAACUAGAGCCCAGCCCACUACCCCAGUAACAUAAAGUUUGGUGGUUUGGGGAAAAACUACCUUGCUUCUGGCCGGCAAAAAUAGCAGGGGAGAGCCAGAGAUGAGCAGGCGAGGUCCGCCCAAGCAUCAGAAUGCGUAUACAUGGAAGCCCAACGCCGGCAUUAAGAAGAACGAAACAGAGUUGGGAGGGAAACUGAGGCCGUACUCUGAAAUCACAGGGGUGUGCCUUCGCUGCAAGGGGCAGAUUGAGUGGAAGCGCCGGUACGGAAAGUACAAGCCUCUCUCCGAGCCUGCUAAAUGUCAGCGGUGCUCCAAACGCGCGGUUCGUCAGGCUCACCAUAAUCUUUGUCCUGGUUAG